UUAAAGGCGCGCGCACACACAUACACACUCUCUCGCGCGCUCAAGGGGUCCCUCUCUGAGCUCAAAAGAAGGAGGAAAAAAUGCGCCACUCUUGGAGCGUCUUUCUAGGGGGAAAAAGUUGAGGAAGACACAAGAGAACGAACCAAAGGGAGACUCGGAUGAAAGCGCCUCCUUCGCCCGUUUCUCCUCGCACUGUAAAUAGAUGGUUAUUUAUGCGCAUAAAUGAAACAAUCCUAAAGGUAGCGCUGCGUCUCCCUUUUUUUGGAUAACAUUAGCGGUGGGAGCCACAUCCAUGCAACGCUCAUAUUUCCGGGCAGAAACUUCGACUUCAGCGUUACUGGACCUUGAAGUUGACUGAAUUUUCGCUGUAAACAAGAACUACUUGUGUCUGAGCGGGUCUGGACGGUGGAAUUUACCUCCUCACUAAAGAAUAAAACGGUUGGGUGAGAAAAAAAAUCAAAUCCCACCGGUGUCUACAACUGAAGCGGUUUCCUCAAAUUGCCAUAAUGGACUCCCACUGCCGCAAACUGGCCACCACCUGCGCACAGAUAGAAAAGGAAAAGAUCCAAAAUAAAAACGACGACUCUUCAGAUGACCCAUCUAAAAAGAAGCGGCAGCGGCGGCAGAGGACUCACUUCACCAGCCAACAGCUGCAAGAACUGGAGGCCACUUUCCAGAGGAAUCGCUACCCGGACAUGAGCACGAGGGAGGAGAUAGCCGUGUGGACCAACCUCACAGAGGCCCGGGUCAGGGUUUGGUUCAAGAACCGGCGAGCCAAGUGGAGGAAACGGGAAAGAAACCAACAAGCCGAGCUUUGCAAAAACGGUUUCGGCCCGCAGUUCAAUGGACUCAUGCAGCCCUACGACGACAUGUACCCCAGCUACACGUACAACAACUGGGCCGCCAAGGGCCUAACGUCGGCCUCCUUAUCCACCAAAAGCUUCCCCUUCUUCAACUCCAUGAAUGUCAACCCCUUAUCCUCGCAGACCAUGUUCUCGCCGCCCAACUCCAUAUCCUCCAUGACUUCCAGCAUGGUGCCAUCGGCGGUGACAGGGGUGCCGGGCUCCAGCCUCAACAGCCUCAAUAACUUGAACAACCUCAGUAACCCGUCUCUCAACUCCGGGGUGCCCACGCCGGCGUGCCCCUAUGCGCCUCCGACCCCUCCUUACGUGUACAGGGACACUUGUAACUCCAGCCUGGCCAGCCUGAGACUGAAAGCCAAGCAGCACUCGAGUUUUGGAUACGCCAGUGUGCAGAAUCCGGCAACUAAUCUGAGCGCUUGCCAAUACGCCGUGGACAGACCAGUCUAAUACCUACCUGCACUGCAAAAAAUAACCACCCUAGCAAGUCAUUAGAGGCUAGUAGUGACGCUUUAAGUAUUGUUUUUUUUCGCAAAUUGGGUGAGGAAAUCUGGCGGGGAGAUAAUUUUACUUUGUUCGUGUGUUUAAGGAAAUGUUUUUGAUCAACUGGCAUUUUCUUGGUACUAGUUGGAAUGUGAUUUGCAUCAUUCUGGCUUAUUUUUCCUCAAGAUAUCGCCACGUGAACAUUUCCAAACAUUUUAAGAAACGUGUGAGAUUAUCCCAUCGCGUCGCGUUGGUAGAUUUUCAUUUAUUAUUUCAGGAAAUAUGAUUUUAAAGGUUUGAUUGCAAGACUGAAUGGUUUGUUAUUGUGGUCAUUUUUUGCAGUGUGUGAGGGUAAUCACAAACAGCCGGCCACAGGAACAAGAGACUACUACAACUACUUUUUUCAUUUUUCAAAAAAAGGGCACUAGAAGACUGAACCACUGAAACAAAGAAGCUCAAACUCCAGGUCGGAGUCAAACUGAAAUGGGACUUUUUAAGGUUUAUUCCCCUUUGAUGAGUUAAGGCCUGCUUCACGCUGCGCCACAGUAAAAAUAGAAAAAGAAGAAAAAAAACACAGGCCUGGUUCAUUUUUCAUAGCUCGUCAUGAGGGGUUUUUUUUCUGGUGGAUUUUGGACGUUAAUUGUUGACUGAAAAAGGUUGUAUAUAUAUUUGAAUUAUCAUCUCCUGUUUGUUCGAGGCGAAUGUGCUAUAACCCUCCUCCAGUUCUCUCCAGGUUCAAUUUAUCAACGCAUGUGGAAAAAGAGAAAAAAAAAGAAACCCUAAAAAGGAAUCAUGUUUUGCUUGCAAACAAAAAGGGAAUGUACAUACUAAAACGCACCGGUUGUGUGUUUCUAACAUAUUAUAAAUUUAUUAUUAAUGUCUGUGUGAAUAUCGAUUUAGAAUAGCAAUUCUGGAUUUAAAAAAAGAAGCAUCAAAAAUGUUCCUGCGACAAAUUAUUUGGUUUUUGCUCUGUGUAUACUAUUUGGUACGGAAUUAUGUUUUUUUUUUUUCAACAUCCAAAAAAACUAUUGUGUUUUAUUUAAUGGAAGUAAAUAUAUUGUUCAAAAACA